AUGGCGGCUCUCCGAUCGCUUGCAUUCCUCGGUGCUUCGGUCCUUGCCUUGGGGAAGGCCAACGGGGUAGAGACGAUUAAUUACACUGUGAAGCUCGAGAAAGUGGGUGAGUGUCUCACCGAUAUCAAUACUGCCCGCGAUGCAGUUGGGUUCAUCAGUUUCGUACAAGUUGGUGUCGACGAAGAAGGGAAGUCCCUGCCAGAUGCAGUUGCAUCUACGGCUGAAACGAAUUUCAAGACAUCAGCAUGGAAGCCCGUCUGCGACUCACUUCUAGGUAAAUCUAGCACUGACGCACCGGGUGCUAGUGCUUCUACACCCGCUAAAUUCCCCAGCGGGACGUAUGCAUUCAAGGCCCUGGAGUCCAACAGCCCAACAUGCAGCGAUAUAGUAGGUGAGUGGAAGGCAGCCUACAAGAACUUCAAGGGACUUCCGCCCCCAAACAAGGACACAAAGCUGUAUGACGACCGGAACAACGUGUCUUUCGUGGCCGUAUACAACCCCUCUCCCGACGCUACUGCAGACUGCCGAGUUGUUACCUGCAUCAAAGAAACCACAAAUACAGAACUUCAGCCACAAACCAAAAAUACCGAGGCGGGCUAUGCUCUGAUCUGCAUGACUACGCCUGAUGUGCUUCCGCAAAACAGCACAGCGCCAUUCACAGACGAGCAAUGGGCGAAGAUCACCAAAGCCCUCGGGGGUUCAGCCUCGGCCGCCGUGCCAGGUCUCCUCGGUUUUGCGACUGCACUCUUUGGUCUCGCUUUAUCGUUGUUCUAA